CCAGCCCGCAGGAAGAGCUGCAAUUCCUGCCCCACGGAUCCUGCCGGGGGUCCGAGCAGGGUGUCUGCGCUCUGCCCGGGCCCAUAAGGGCUCCUUUGUGCCGCUGCUGACUCAGCGGUUUAGCCCGGGCACCGGCGGGGGAGCCCCGUGACCCUCCGGAGGGGGGACCCUGCCGGGGGAGGCGGUGGCGGCGAGGCAGGGAGGCUCUGAGGAAAGCCAGCGACAGCGACAGCGACAGCGACAGCCGGCCUCAUUCCGCGGUGCCGAGGGACAGAGGGGACGGACGCUCCGGCUGAGCAGCACCCGCUGCCAUGGGCUCCCGGCACUUCCCGGCCCGGACCGUGCUCUUCGAGAAGGAAUCCAGCGGUGUCACGUACCGUGUGCCCGCCCUGCUCUACCUGCCCUGCGUGGCCAAGCUGCUGGCGUUUGCCGAGGAGCGGCUCAGUGCCGACGAUGCCCACGCCAACCUGCUGGUGCUGCGCCGUGGCACCAUCUACGGCAGCUACGUGGAGUGGGAAGACAUGCGCGUGCUGGAGACGGCAACGCUGCAGCACCAUCGGUCAAUGAACCCCUGCCCGCUCUACGAUGAGUUCACGGGCACCCUCUUCCUCUUCUUCAUCACGGUGCUGGGCAGGACGCCCGAAGCCUACCAGAUUGUCACUGGCCAAAACGUCACCCGCCUCUGCUGCGUCACCAGCGCCGACCAGGGCCUGAGCUGGAGCACAGCCACAGACCUGACGCAGCAGGUCAUCGGCGCGACCAUCAAAGACUGGGCAACGUUCGCGCUGGGCCCUGGCCAUGGGAUCCAGCUGCGUUCUGGCCGGCUGCUGGUGCCUGCCUACAGUUACCACAUCGACUGCAAGGAGUGCUUUGGGCAGCUCUGCAAGACCACCCCGCACUCCUUCGCCUUCUACAGCGAUGACCAUGGCCGCGGUUGGCGCUUUGGGGAGUUCAUCCCCAACCUGCAGACGGGCGAGUGCCAGCUGGUCUCAGUGGAUGAGGAGGAUGGAUCCAAUGUCCUCUACUGCAACGCCCGCAGCCCCUUGGGCUUCAGGGUCCAGGCGCUCAGCACGGAUGAUGGGGCCGUGUUCCACGGGGGGCAGCUGGUGCAGCGGCUGGUGGAGCCCCCCCACGGCUGUCACGGCAGUGUCAUUGGCUUUCCCGCACCAUUCGUGUACAUCCCCAGCGCCUCCCGGGACACCGUGAGGCCCCUCCGGGGCUUGGCUCACCGGCUGCUCCCUGGGGCGCUCCGGGGGUUUGGGCACCUGCCCACCCGACAGGCAGGAGGUGCUGAGCCGCCCACUGGCAACCACCGUGAGCCAGAUGAGCACUGUCCUACCCCAGGGCACCAUGGUGAUGCCCACAGCGUCACCUCCGUCCAGGGGGACUGUGCAGCAACCCCCACUCCCUUCUUCCAAGCACCAACGUGGAUCCUCUACUCGCACCCCACCAGCUCCAUGUCGCGGGUCAACAUGGGGGUUCACCUCAGCACCUUCCCCAGGGACGCAGAGAGCUGGACAGAGCCCUGGGUUAUCUAUGAGGGCCCAAGUGCUUACUCAGACCUGGCUUACAUGGAGCUGCCCUACAGGGACGCCCCGGUGGCCGGCGGCACGGCCAUCACCUUCGCCUGCCUCUACGAGAACGGGAUGAGGUCUCCCUAUGAGCAGAUCUCCUUCAGCAUGUUCACGCUGCACGACGUGCUCCAGAACAUCCCCCUGACAGCUGCUGCUCCCCGGCGGGGCCGCGCCGCCACGCGCCACGCGGGCAGGAGGAGGCGAAGGAGCUGCUUCAUCUCCUAGAGCCCGCCCAGGUCAGCUCCUCUCACCCCCUCAGAGCUGGAUCCUGGAGCAUCAACCCACAGGCUGGGUCCUGCCACCAUCCAGCACGGCCACAUCGCACAGAGGUGUGUUACUGUCCCCCAACCUGGGGUUUAUCUCAUUUUUAUUGCUAUUUUUUAAUUCUGUUUUGGUUGGGUGGGAAGGCUUUUUCCCCCAGCCGAGCCCCAGGCUCCUCUCCAAGCAAGAGCCACCUCUGAAAAGAGAUAUUGGGAAGAAACAGCAGCCAGGGGUACCCUGUGCCAUCCCUGUGUGCCAGUGCUGGCUCAGGGGAUGUGGUGCUCCAGCUCUGCCAUACCUGGUGCCACCACCCUGCUCCGAGGGCUUCCCUCCCCUUGUUAUCAAUAGCUAUGCUAUAUAAAUAAGGUCUAUAAUGUUAAAUUCUUUC